AUGGUAUUAAACAAGUUUGCUCUCGGUGCCAUUGCCAUGGUCACCUUUGGUACGAUCUACAAUAUUGUCGCAGUGAUUCUUCCAAUGUGGGCAUCCAAUAAGACUGUCAACUCAGCGUACAGUAGCACUAUAUCCAGUACCAACUUUAAAGCUGGUCUAUUGGGAUUCUGUGUUGAUACCGAAAUGACCGAUGGCACGUCCUUCGACGAUUGCUUCUACUACAAGUUUGGAUCACUAGGCGAUAAUCUGUCAGUACUUGACAGUGAAUUGUGGUCAAAAUACACGUCCGAUGGUGUAUGCAAAGGCUAUGACAAUGCAGGCGACGUGAGCGAUGCAGAACAAUUCGCAUACUCGACUGUACUCGCGACUGCUGCUGGUAUGAACGCGGUAGAGUUUGACAAGUUCUUGGACAAGUCAUGCGGUAUGCUCGGUAUGGGUACAAUGACGACUGGUGGCAUGAGCUUAUCAAAUGGUCUCAUGGCGCUCAUUGCGAUGGUGGGUGCAAUCACGUGCAGCAAAGGAAACAAAAAGUGGACCGGUGCUGGUUACUUUCUCGUUGGUGUGGCGGCUUUGACAUCCAUCCUGACGAUCAUACUCUGGAUCAUUCAGUCAAAGCCACUUGGCGAAGAGGAUGACACGUCUUACAAGGCCUCUUUCUUCUUGAUGAUCAUUGCAACACUGCAUUAUCUUGGGACAAUACCUUUGUUCUGGAAAUGCUUGGAGCACCAACGAGAGACAAUGAAGGCUCACGACGAGGACCAUACGACCUACAUGGAGGCUGAAACACCUAUCAAUGGUCGUGCCCCAACCAGCUUAGUUUAA